GAAUAUUUUUUGAUAAUCUGAAUCACAUGUAUCGAUCAAUUAUUUAAAAACACGUAAAUAAAUUUAUUUAUAAAACUAGAUAUAAAAGUAAUUGAAAUAUUUAAUUAUCUCAUUACUAUGAAUAUUGCUAGAGGAUUUAGUUCAAUAAUCAAUCAUGCUCAAGUGUUGAAAGAAUUUUUAUUUUCACCGAAAUGUUUACUGUAUACAAACAUUGGAAUUUCUAUAUCACUAUCUGCAACAGGAGAUGUUUUAGAACAACAUUAUGAAAUUUUAAAGGGUGAUAUAGAACGAUGGAGGUUAAAAAGAACAUGUCACAUGGCAUUAUCAGGAAUGACAGUGGGAAUUAUUUGUCAUUAUUGGUACCAAUUUUUAGAUGCUAGACUGCCUGGAAAAACUAUAAGUAUUGUGUUAAAAAAAACUGUUAUUGACCAACUCGUAUGUUCACCACUUUACAUAGGAAUGUUUUUCAUAACUCUUGGAAUUUUAGAAAAUAAAACUUGGUAUGAGUUGAAAAAAGAAAUUAGAGAAAAAUUUUAUAAAUUAUACUUAGCAGAAUGGAUCAUUUGGCCUCCAGCUCAAAUUAUUAAUUUUUACUUUUUACCUACAAGAUUUAGAGUUCUUUAUGACAAUACAAUUUCAUUAGGAUAUGAUAUUUAUACCAGUCAGGUAAAACAUAGUCCUGAAGUAAAGCAUCAUGAUAGUUGAUAAUCAAAAUAGAAUUUUAUCAAAUUAAUUCAGUGAAUGAUUAUAAAUUUUUAAUGUUUAAUACUAUUGUAAA